AAACCAAUUUCCUGCUGUUCCUGCUUUACACUCUUUAUUCAAAUUCAGCUCUUUGCUCUCCAUAUUUCUUAAACCCAGAAAAAAAAACAUUUUUUAUUUUUUCCAAUAAAUAUCCCACAAACCAACAAUCUCCCAGGAAAACUUUUUUUUCUUUCUAAAUUAGAAUAUCAGAAAAAAGGAUAAGUACUAGAGGAACCCCAGUAUAACCCUCUUCUCUACAACAACCCGAAUUGGAGCCAAAAUUGGGUUAGGGUUUCCAAUUUCCAGAGACCAAAUUCAUAUUGAGCUUGUCGCUAGUCAAAGCUACUGUAUUUCUCCCUUUUUUUAUUGAACCCCUUUGCAUAAACGGCAAGCAAAAGCUCAAGUGGAACAAAUCGGACGGUCGGGUGAUGACGAUGGCGAUAGCUAUCAAUGGCUCACCUUUAAGCUCACCAAGGAUCCUAUAUACGUCCACAUAAAGCCGAAGAGGAAGGGGCGAAGGAGAUGGCUUCUGAAUUAUCUACUCCAGUUUACAAAAUGGCGGUGAAUGCAGAGUCCAAUAACGUUGGCGAUGGGUUGACGCUACAGAUGGUGAGAGAUUCGUUGAUAAGACAAGAGGACACCAUUGUUUUCAGUCUGAUAGAGCGAGCUAGGUUCCCUUUAAAUUCUCCGGCCUACGAUCCUUCCUACGGUUCGAUUCCUGGGUUUAGCGGCUCUUUGGUUGAGCUCUUCGUUAAACAAACAGAAGCCGUCCAAGCUAAGGUUGGAAGAUUUGAGAAUCCCGAAGAACAUCCAUUCUUCCCAGAUAAUCUACCACCUUCACUGGUGCCACAUUAUAAGUUCCCUGAGGUUUUAAAUCCUGCAGCAAUGUCAAUUAACAUAAAUAAGGCCAUAUGGGACAUUUAUUUCAACAAACUGCUUCCAUUGUUUGUUGCUCCGGGUGAUGACGGGAACUAUGCUUCGACAGCUGCUCGUGAUCUCGAGUGUUUGCAGGCCCUCUCUAGAAGGAUUCACUAUGGAAAACUUGUAGCUGAAGUUAAAUUCAGAGACGAACAGAAAGAUUACGAACCGCCAAUUCGUGCUCAGGAUAGAGAUACUCUGGUAUCUUUAUUGACGUUUGCGGAUGUCGAAGAAGCAGUAAAGAAGAGGGUGGCGAAAAAGGCGAUGACAUUUGGUCAGGAAGUGAAACUUGGUGAGGAUGAAGACAAGGGAAAGUACAAGGUUGAUCCAGUUGUUCUUUCUGGUCUCUAUGGAGAUUGGGUGAUUCCGCUAACAAAGGAAGUUGAAAUCGAAUACCUCCUCCAUCGCCUUGACUGAAACCUUCGUCAUAUCCAUUCUCGAUAUUUUCUUCUGAAUAAGUCAUCGAUGUGUCACAAACCUGCUUCGUGAUUAAUAAGUUUGUAUCAUGGAAAGUU